GAGCUAUCGGAGCAGCAUUAUCGGCCGCUCUGUGCGUAUAUUAAGGCGACGUUUGAGAUGCAUGUCAGGACCAAGAGCUCAUUCGACUUUCAGUCAGUAGACGGCGGAAAACUUCAAAAUGCUCUCGGUCAUCACCCUUCUCACUGCUGCUCUGCUCGCGAAUGCGUGGCCUGCCCCGGUAGCACCCUAUACGCCUUCUGGUGGUGUCGGUGUCUCGCCCGAUUCUCCGGCUCCCAAAUACGAGCCUUACUCGGACUUUGACUUCCAGUCACUCAACCUUGCGCUGAACCAAGAAUGGAUCGAGCUCGACUUGUUCUACAAGGGCCUCGAGAUGUUCACUCUCAAGGACUAUGAGGACGCAGGGCUGAACAGCCAGGACCGUGAACUGGUUGAAUUCAUGGCCGAACAAGAACGCGGGCAUGCCCAGCUGAUCACCGACAUGCUUGGGCCUAGAGCAGCAAAGGAGUGCACCUACACUUACCCAUUCAAGACCGUGCCUGAGUUUGUUGACUCCUGCCAGAAGCUCACCCGGUUCGGCGAGUCUGGGGUGUACGGCUUCCUUCCGCACCUCAACUCGCGUCCCACGGCCCAGCUUCUCCUACAGAGUAUCACUACCGAGGCGCGGCAGCAGAUGAUCUUCCGCCAGUUUGAGGGACUGUUCCCCAUGCCGGUAUGGUUCGAGACGGGCAUCACGCAGAGCAUGGCAUGGACGCUGCUGGCGCCGUAUAUCGCUACCUGCCCAGAUGAUAACCCGAAGAUCGAGUGGCAGAACUUCCCCGCCCUGGACAUCAUCGACAACCCCUGGGCCCCGGACCCGGCCUACCCACCCGCCAUCACGCACAACCGCACUGCCCUCUCUACCCCACGCCAGAAAGUCUCCUUCACAUGGGAAAACCCUGGCAAGAAAGUGGGAUAUAACGACCUGUACACGACCUCCACCAGCGCUGGGAAGCCCAAGUUUGCAGCUUGGAUCUCUCAGCUCAACACGACUUACACGCCCCUGAAUGAUAUUUCUGGUAACAGUGCCUGGACGUACCAGCCAGAUGGCACCGUCUUCGUGAUCGAAGGCUACUACGAUCCCAUUGUGAACGAGACGAUGUUCAUCCUGAUCACGGACACAGACCUGCACGUGACGCCAUACAACAUCAGUCUGCUGAACGACCAUGUUGUUGCCGGGCCGGCGAUUUACCAGAGUGGGUGA